GACCUGUUAAAAUCUACCGCUCCGCCGCGCAGGCCAGUUACCAGAUUCGUUACGGAUCAUUUUGUCCUCAGAAAUCUCCCCAAAUAUCUCAGCAACCCUGAUUUUUUUAAUUUUAAGGAGAAGAAGGUCCAAUUAAUGGCAUGACAUAUGAAAUGCAGAUUAUGAGAUGAAACGUAAACCCAUCUUAUAGUCGCAGUGUUGCAACGGAGCAAGGAACCUGAUAAAUUAUGGCUGAUUCCUAUCACGAUCACAUGGAUGACCUGGUCUCGGACCAGCAUGACCGAGGAUUGAAACGGCCCCUGGAUACGACAAGCACCAGCGCCAGUGAUGAGUCUGCAGAUGAGUUCAGUAGCCCAACGUCGCAAAAGCGAAUGAAGUUUGAUGAUUUGGGAAGCCCACCAGAGCCCCAUGGUCUGCUGUCCGCCCUCGGGGACUUCAGCAGCGCAGGCCGAAACAAAGACAUGAACCGUCAGGCUGGAAGCCUAGAGUCUGUGACAGAUGACACCGCCAAACAACCGGCUUCCACCGAACAGCCCCAUCAGGAGCAAGCUGUAGAAACAGAGGCUAAAUCAGAGGGGCAGCCUUCGGAUCUUGGAGGGUCCAAGGAAGGGGACGCAGAGGGGGACAGAGAGGGGGAGAAGCCCGCCGGGCCGAGGCUGGAGCGUUCCCUGAGCGCUGCCGAGGAACACAAACUGAAGGAACAGAUAGAGGAAGAAAUGCGGCAGAAAAAACAGAUCCUGGUGGAUUCUCUAUCUGAAGCACAGCUGAACCGAUACGAAAUGUACAGGAGGGCAUCAUUUCCAAAGGCAGCAGUCAAAAGGUACAUGCAGUCUAUCACAGGGUGCAGUGCCUCACACAACGUUGUCAUAGCAAUGUCUGGAAUUGCUAAGGUGUAUGUUGGAGAAAUAGUUGAAGCGGCCUUAGACGUCCUUGAGCAGUGGGGGGACACAGGACCACUGCAACCAAAGCACAUCAGGGAAGCGAUGAGAAGACUGAAAUCCCAAGACAAAGUACCAUCCGAGAAACGACAACCGCUGUUUAGGUAGCAGUGGCUAGCCCUAGCCAAGGCUUGUGUGGCUCGUCAGACAUUGUAGUAGUCUUGGUCCAAGUUGGAUUUAAGUGUUAUUCCCAUGACAAGCUGUGGCGGUAGAGGUCCGAAUGAACAAGAUUCGUCAAAUCCAGUAUGGGGAAUCUUGGCAGCGCUACCCAGAAAUUCCAAGCAUACCUCAUGCAUAUGCAGUAGCUCGAGUACAGCGCAUGAGGUAUGCUUGGAAUAUCUGGGUAGCGCUGCCAAAGUUUCCAAGGCGAGAACUAAUUCAUCUUGUUGAAAGCGUCAUCUACCACUGUGGCGGCUUUAAUGUACUUGUCAGGGCUAGUAUUCACCCUUAACUCCCUAGCAUGAUAUACUAGGCACCACACCCAUUCUGGCAAAUUCCAACACCAUAUGGGAAACUGCACACACAUAUACCAGUAUUUC